GCCGAGCAGUGACGUCACCCGGGAGGGAGGCCCCAAGGCCCUCGGAUAGAUCGCAGUGUUGUACAGUCGCCCACGCCGAGCGUUACAACAACAACAAUCUACAACAACAAUCUACAACAACAACAACGACAUCGUAAUAAUCGACAGAGACUCUGUGUGCCACCAUGUGGCCGCUGGCGAGGCCGCUGCUGCUGCGGCCGCUGCCGCGCGCCGCGAGAGGCUGGGACCACGAGCAGAGGCGGCACCGCGUCAAGAACAAGUGGGCCGCGACGAGGACCAAGGUGCCCAACACGCAGGCGGCCCUCCAGCUCAUGGAUGCGACCUACGGUCUCCAGCUGGGCCACAUGUGGGAGUCGGCGCGCCUGGCGCUGCUGUGCGAGCGCAAGUACGGGGCCCUCGUCAACGCUUGGGCCGACACUGACGGCACCGGCGACGAGCUGCGGCGCCUUGGCGCGGUCGACCUGGUGCGGGACGUGGUGACGAGGAGCCUUGCCGGGCGAGACGCCGUGGAGCCGACUGCGGAGAAGCCGCGUGAUGAGGGCGGCCGAGAGAGUCGUGAAGACAGCGCUCCGUGUCCAUCUGUUCCAUCUGCUGAUGAAGGGGGCGAGCUGGGAAAGUCCUUGCUGCUGGAGGGCAGCGUUUUGUCCACCCUCCGGCUGAGCCCCAACAUCAGAUGCUUCACUUUUCCCCGCGGCGAUAUUUCCCGGUUCCCACAGCCUAGGCCCGCAGGAGCGCUGCGGCUGCUGAGCCACUACCUCCUGGACGCGGCGUCGCUGCUGCCCGUGCUGGCGCUGGACGUGCAGCUCGGGCACCGCGUGCUCGACCUGUGUGCCGCUCCCGGCGGCAAAACCCUCGCGCUGCUGCAGACGGCGUGCUGCGACCACCUGACUUCCAACGACGUGUCGGCGUCCCGCACCGCCCGCCUGCAGCGCGUGCUGCGCACCUACGUCCCGCGUGACGCCGGGGAGGCGGGCGUUCCCGCGCGUGGCGUGAGCGUGAGGACGCGCGACGGCAUCUUCUGGCUCAAGUCCGCGGAGGAACGCGGCGUGUACGACCGCGUGCUCGUCGACGCGCCCUGCACCAACGACCGCCACUCCCUGCACGAGGAGGAGAACAACAUCUUCUCUCGCUCCAGGAUGAAGGAGCGUCAGCACUUGCCGGCGCUGCAGACCCAGCUGCUGCUGGCGGGUUUGCUGGCGUGCCGCCCGGGCGGGGUGGUGGUGUACUCCACUUGCUCCCUGUCACAGCUGCAGAACAGCUCUGUGGUGGAAGCGGCCCUCAGUCUGGCGACGACGAAUCACAACGUGGACGCGCAGGCGUGCGACCUGUCCGGCAUGCGGGCGCUCUUCUCGCACGCAUUCACCUUCCAGGAGGAGGAGGACCGUUUUGGCGAGACGGUGAUUCCGCACGUCGCCGCCAACUUUGGGCCCAUUUACAUCAGCAAAAUUGUGCGUCUCUCAUGAGGCACAUGAGCCACGGGUCGGAGGUCGUCUGUAUGCACGCGUACCUCCGCAGCCGAGCUGGGAGCGCGUUUCCCCUCCAUUGCCCCUGGGUCCGCACUCUGGGUCCGCACUCCGGGUCGAGGUGAAAAGGGAGUCAACCCAUCAGGUGACUUGGACACAAUGUGCAGCGCUAACUUUCGGGGACUCGUGUUAAAAUUGGGCAAAAAUGUUUUGCCAUUAUCUUUUGAUAUAAACAAUGUCUAAUGUAUGAUGAAUAUAGUACAACUUGAAGUAUACAAAUAUUGAUAUAUUGUGACCCUAAGGUGAUAUCUACGUUGAACUAUGUUUUUACUGCAGGUAUUUAAUAAAAUGUAUUCAUUGUAACUACA